AUGGCGGUGGAGUCGCUGGCGACGCUGUGCGUGCUGUCGCUGAUCGACCAUCGCGGCCUGCUGGGCUACCUCGGCGACAUGGAUCUGUCGCUGCUGCGACCCGUGUUCGAACACUGCACCGCGGAUCAACUGGACCAGAUUGAGAACGAAAAUAAGGAUCGCGACUUUACCCCUUUCACAGACGAUCUUUGGGAGCGGUGCUACGAACGCAGGUGUGCUCGCCUCAACUUCCCGCAUUUCCCCCUUCCCGUCCGUCGCUUGCGUGCAUCUCCAUUUCCUCCCCUGGGGCAGAGUGAUGGAAGGGAUGGGAGGAGCAAGAGCAGUCAUGUGCAGGCUGGCAGCAAGGAGCGUGUUGCUAGGGAGAAAGGAGGAAGCUUCAAGGAGAAGAGGAGGGUGGAAUGCAGCAUGGACUGGGGCGUGUAA